UGCUUGUUAACUGAGCGAAGGGAUCUGUCAAAGAAGGGAAGAUGGCGAGAGGUGGCAGGAGCUUGAGAAAAGUAGCUGAUUGCUUGAAACAGUUACCUUCUACAGCCAGCCGGGAAAUACAGACUAGGUACAACGUCAGAUAUCUGUCAUCAUGUGGGAUCCUGAUGACGCGACUGCCUCCCCUGCUGGGUUCAGCCACGCCAGGGCUUGGCACCGGCACCAUGUUGCCUGCCCGCAGCUUCUUCAACCUGGCUGAGUCCCUCUCCAAGAGGAAGGAGUACUCAGAGAGACGCAUCAUUGGGUAUUCCAUGCAGGAGAUAUAUGACGUGGUGGCCGGCGUGGAAAACUACCGCCACUUUGUUCCCUGGUGCAAGAAAUCUGAUGUGGUGUUCAAGCGAUCUGGUUUCAGCAAGGCCAAACUAACCGUGGGAUUUUCUCCUGUGGUGGAGAACUACACCUCUCUUGUCACCACAGUUCGCCCCCACCUGGUCAAGGCGUCCUGUUCGGAUGGGAAACUGUUCAACCACUUGGAGACGGUUUGGCGCUUCAGCCCUGGCCUCCCGGGUUACCCUCGUACCUGCACUGUGGAUUUUGCUAUCUCCUUCGAGUUUCGCUCCCUGCUCCACUCCCAGCUCGCUCACGUCUUCUUCGACGAGGUGGUGAAGCAGAUGGUCUCGGCGUUCGAGCGUCGCGCCUCCAAGGUCUACGGCGCAGAGACGGCCAUCCCCCGCGAGCUCAUGUUCCACGAGGUCCACCACACGUAGCGCCACUUCCUGCUGCACAAACACAGAUACACAGACAAACACAACGCCCUGAUGCCAAUGCCAGAGAGGAGUGUAGACAGAAAGUAGAGACUAGCUGUGUUCUAACUGAAAACUACAGUGCCUUUUUUACAGCAGUGACCAAGUUCAUUCCCAACAAUCUCCUGUUUCAUUUUGUAGAACCGAUGUGGAUCCAACUUUCUGCUAAACAUUUACAUUUUUACAUCAUUUCCAUUAUCUGAAUGUAACACGUGCCUGGUUGUGACACUGAGUUCACAGGCUGUGAAUGUGAGGUGAAAGCACGGUGUAGCAGUGAUUGGUCAACCACAGAUGUCAUCACUCUGUAAACAUUAGCUACACUCAGCAGUUAACUACACUGGUAGUGCAACUGCAAUAAACUUUAAUUUGAAAAGCUGCUGCAGGAAGACACUGCACCAGUAUGUCUUCCAAAAUAAAACACGUGUUCCUAUCAGUGUUUAGGGAGAAUAAUAUGGUCGACCAUAGGGGACUGGACAGUUGUUAUCACUGUAUAUUGUGGUUCAUGACAGUGAUACCACUUCUGUAGUGUUACAGAUGCAACUUUUUCAUCAUCGAUUGAUUUUUAUUUUGAUUCAUUUAUCAGUUAUUUGGUCUAAAAUAACAGAAAAUGGCUAAAAAUCACUAUCACGGAUCAGAAGGUGACGUCUUCAAACGUCCAAAACCCCCAAAGAUUCAGGAAUAAGAUAAUUUUUUAGCAUAUAAGCUUAAUAAAUGACUCUGGCGUUUAAUCGAAAAUUAAAUUAGUUGCAGAUUAAUCGAUUAAAUGACUAACAGUCCCAGCUGUAGUUGGGAUACAAGCUAAACAAUGCAGAUGAGCCUUUUUGAAGUUAUGGAGAGAAGGGAGCAGGUCUGAGCAAAGUCUGAGGUGAAGCUACUGGAUGUUGCAAAGUCGUGAUAAAGACUAAAUAUUAUCAUUUUAUCAGUUUGGAUGAUGUUAAAUGUUCUUCUAAAAUACUCCUGCACCUGACUGCAUGCAGCUAAUGUUUGUCUCUAUGCAGAUUCAGGAUUAGAAAACAGUUCUGAUGAUGCAGCUACAGCAGCUGGUCAGUGGAGACGGUCACCUUUCUGUGUCAGACAGUUCAGCGGUUGUCUCAGGUCAACCCCAUUAUACGUGCAGGUGCAUCUGUAAUCUCAAGGAUCCGUUACUUGGCACUAACAGCACAUGUCCUGUGACAGCUAACCCACAUCUGAUGUGAGUCAGGAGCUCAGUGGAAAAGGAUUAAUACAGGAUCCAGUGAGAGAUUGACUCAGGUGAGAGAAGGAAAAGUACUUCCUGAGACUCUGCUCCUUACUCGGCAGUGAGAAAGUCGUGCAGGGAAGAGCUGCAACAAACAGCUAACAGCGUUCAUCCAUUUAGACUAUGAAAUGUCGAUCAGUUUCCUGUGAUUGGGACGUUAUUACCUAUGGAUCACGUUAGUGCUCGUCCCACAGGAAGGCCGAGGUCAAAGUGACGCCAGCAAGUCUUGCCUGGUGAUGUGAUGACACGCAGCACCAAUCACUGUAAGACCAGGGUCCAAAUAGUGUUACAACCUCGAUGCUUGUCUGUGAUGUACUGAACGUGAAGGGCACAACGCAACAAAACAACAACUAGGUCUAAACUAGGCUCGGGCGGUUUCAUGGUGUUAUGGUAGAAAACGUAUGAUACACUGAACUGAACAGUCACCCUGCAGGAAAUAUGUUGUCUUCCUGGUGGAAACCCUGGAUGAUUAGAUCCACUAGAUUUAAAGAUGAUCCGUUACUUUAUGGCUGGUUUAUUUUUGUAUUCAUCCUUUUUUUUUUAUUCCAGACUACCUUUAACUCAACAUGAUCUAUUUUUGCCCAUAUGAACAUUUACCUGUUCAUAUAAUUGGUAUUAGGCCGCACUGCAGGAUUUUCCUUUCAAAAUAAAUGAAUAAAUAGAUUGUUAUUUUUAAAUCAUCAUAUACCGCAUCAUGGUAUGAAAAAAUAAAUACCGCCCAAGCCUAGUCUGUACACAUACUACUAAACUCCACAAGUCAAGUUUAUUAUAAGAAUGUAUUAUAAGAGUAAAGGGCAGGCAGGUUAGACUGUGUCAUUUUGUAUUAAGAGGAUGUGCAGGAGGAUGUGUGGAGACGACUGCAGACAUGUACUAAAUGUACUGUACACUAUCAGGAAUACACACACCUUUCAAAGGGUGCUCAACUUUUAUUUUGUUUUUGUUUUUUCUCAGUAGGGGGGCAGUGUCUCUUUUGUUUUCUUUUUCUUUUCUUCUAAUGUUACAUACACUAUGCUCUCGUCAGUAUUAAGAGAGCGAUGCUGGACAUAAGAGUUACUAUAUUAUACAAAGCUAAGGGUGUUUUUUUUCUCUCAUGUGUGCAAUAACAGCAGUAUAAGUUAAUUUUAAAUGCAGCUAAGCAAGCAUGUAACCCCACUGUCAUUAUAAGGGCCCAAACUGGCCGGCUAGACAGAGGCAAGGGCCUGUUUUUAUCAAACAUGUAUGAAUUACAGUUUAGUCAGUGCUAGAUUUUUCUGCAAGAACAUUUAUAAUUAUAUAUUUUUUUAAAGGUUUAUGGGAAUUUAACAACAACCUGAUAUAUUUAUAAUGUAUAAAUACACAGUGAGAGAUGGAAUAAUAGGAAAUUGGCUACAAAACGUUUGUUUAGAGAAUUUGUGUAAAAAGGAGAAUUUAGUUCCACAAGAGCAGAUGAUGAAGACGUUUAGAUUAAAUCAAUGCCAGAUUUACUCGUUUGUUUGCCCUGAUAAAUGCAAAUCUUCAAAUGCAAAUAAUAUAGUAAAACUAUUCUUAAUUUUGCUGCUUCAGCUAACGUAUUUUUAUUAUAACUGUUGACAUCAAACAGAAAGCAGCGACUGUGUUUCUGUUCUGCAGUCGUCCAGUAUCUACUCUGACCUCUGCAGCUCUCUGACAUUUCAGAGCAAAAGAAGUUAAGAAAUAGUUUUUAUUCUUAUGUUUGUGAGCUGGAGUCAAAGUAAAAGGAUUUUAACUUUGACUGUCAGCAGUUUAAUAAAUACCGGUCAUACACCUUGACCUGUCCCGUCAGUCAGGAUGCUGUUUCACUCACAGUGCCUCCUGGCCUACUGGCAGCAUAUUUAUCUCCAUUUUUAAACAUUAUUCUCAUUUCAUCGUAUUUAUUACUUAGUUUAAGUGUAAAUAUUGGUUUUGAGAUCACAUAAGAAAGAACUGUAUUCAUUGCUUUUAAAGGUUUGUGUCUGUGUUUCAUGGGACGGGGGAAAGGACUUUAUUUGUAAAUGAUGUGUUGAAUGUGAAAUGGCUUCAGAGAGAUGUACCGACCGCAUGAUUUAUAAACUAUUUUUUCUAA